AUGGCUCCAUCCAGCAGGCUUGUCAAGUCGAGCUCACUCCCGAGGCACCAGCGCAGCCUUGUCCAACCGCUCCAUUCUCCCAGGCACAAGCGCGUCGCUGCCUUGUGCCCAGCUGCACCUGAGUCGUUGCUCCAAGAGUUGGUCACCGCCGCCGCCGGUGACGCCCAUCAUCAGCCAAGGGCAAGGCCCGCCUCCGACGAGACCCUCGCCGUGCACGCUGGGGAGAAGCUCGGGAAGAAGGGCGCGGACGUGGGUGGGCGUGGCACUGGCACAGAAACAGACUCGAUCGCCACCCCGAUCGUGAGCGGCACGACGCACUGGUUCAAGAGCUCCGAGGACCUCAUAGCCUUCAAGGAAGGCCGGCGCCACAGCUUCGAGUACGGGCGCUACAGCAACCCGACGGUGAAGGUCCUGGAGGACAAGAUCAGCGCGCUGGAGAGAGCCGAGGCGACCCUGGUGACGUCGUCCGGCAUGAACGCCAUCACAACGACGCUCCUCGCCCUCGUCCCGCCCGGCGGCCACGUGGUCACCACCACCGACUGCUACAGCGAGGCGCGCGCGUUCAUCCGUGAAAAGCUCUCCAGGAUGGGCAUCCGGUCGACGUUCAUCGACCUCGACGACGGCAUGGAGUCGCUUAGGGCCGUUCUUGACGAGAACGACGAUGUGAUCCUCUUCUACGCCGACUCCCCGACGAACCCGAUGCUCAAGUGCGUGGACAUCAGACACGUGGCGGAGCUGUGUCACCGGAAGGGUGCCCUGGUGUGCAUCGACAGCACCAUGGCGUCGCCCAUCAACCAGAAGCCGCUCACCCUCGGCGCCGACCAUGUCCUGCACUCCGCCACUAAGUACAUGGCCGGCCACCAUGAUGCCAUCGCUGGAUGCGUCAGCGGCUCAGAGGCGUUCAUCUCCAGAAUACGCGCCUGGCACCACGACAUCGAGGGCGCCAUCUCUCCGAACGCGGCAUACAUGGUCAUCCGUGGGCUCAAAACGAUGGCGCUCCGCGUGGAGGCACAUAACAGAACGGCGCUGCGCAUGGCACGCAUGCUAGAGCGCCACCCAAAGAUCGAGCGGGUGCACUACCCAGGGCUGGAGAGCAGCCCCUGGCAUCAGGUUGCAACGAGUCAGAUGUCCGGCUACGGAGGCGUUGUCAGCUUCGAGCUGAAGGCGGACUUGCAUGGUACCAUGAGUUUUGUCGAUGCGCUAGAAAUCCCCUUCAUCGCGACCUCGCUGGGCGGGUGCGAGAGCCUGGUGCAGCAGCCGGCGGUCAUGUCAUUCUGGGCACGGAGCCAGGAGGAGAAGGCCAAGAAUGGGAUCAAGGACAACAUGGUGAGGUUCAGCUUUGGAAUUGAGAAGUUUGAGGAUCUCAUGGAUGAUAUACUUCAAGCGCUAAACAGGAUUUAG